CCCUCCUCUGCCCUACUUGUUCAAAUUUUCUUCCAUUUCUGCUUCUGUGACGAUUUUUGCCACAUUUUUGCGUUUUUCUUUCGAUUCAUAGUCUCUUUGGAGUGAUUGUUUGUCCGAUGAUUGUUUCUGAAAUGUGGCAAACCUUGGAUAUAAUUACAGAUAACAGUUCUUCAAGGCAAUGGUUGUUCAUUAUGGAGAAAAUGGAAAUCAAUGGUAUAAUUCCUAAUUUGAAAGGAAAUGGAAACCAUUCUUCAGAUGAUUCAAAUGUUAAGUCUAACGAGAUGCCGACAUUCGUCAACCACGCGGAGAUAGCUUGGCAUGAACGCAGGCGGGAAUGGGUGGGCGACUGUUCGGGAAAUAUGCAACAAGUACCAAUGGAACCAAUCUUGAGAGCCUUUUCAGCAGCCGAUUCCUUUAGCUGAAAUGGUGGACUUCUUGGUUGAUAUCUGGCAUUAAGAUGACCUCUAUGAUUAGGCUUUCUCAUUCAAUCUAUCAGAAAUGCAUUGUUCUUCUUUCUUUGCCCCUCUUUUCAAGGCUUUCUAUUCAUUUUUUGGUAUAACCAUUGAACAAAUUUGAUGAUCAGAAUAGAUGGUUCUCUUGUACUCUACUCUGAUUUGUAAUUAACUGAGAGAAGAUGACGACUUUUUUUUGUUUUUUGUCGUCGUCGUCUUCCUGGGUAAUCUGCAUACCGAGUUUUUUACUUUAACUAGCAAGUCGUGUUUAGAAAGAUCGACUAAGAUAUUAGAAAGUUUUUUGGUUAUGUAUUCAAAUCUUAUUCAUUAGUAAUGAACAAAAUUUGUCACAUA